AAUAGUACGAAGCAAACAAGUUAAAUACUUAAAACCCGUUUUUGAAGAAAUUAUAAAGACUAAAGAUUUUGAUGUGACGUAUUUCAGUAUGACUUUGUUUGAACAUGACGUGGCUGAACAAGCCAUAAAAGAUUUAUAUUUAGCAGGGGGGAGUGUGAUAUUUAUAUUUUGUUAUAUGUGGUUUCAUACAUCUUCAUUAUGGAUUACAGUAUGGUCGGUUAUCAGCAUUCUCUCAAGUUUCCUGGCAACUAAUUUGUUCUACAGAGUCAUCCUUGACUUUCGUUAUUUUGGAUUUUUUCACGUGUUGUCGCUUUUUAUUAUUCUAGGAAUAGGUGCAGACGAUUUAUUUGUUUUCUAUGAUUCUUGGAGAGCAACUGGCCUGACGUCAUACCCGUCUCUUGCGCAUCGUCUAUCUUCUGCCUACCGGAAAUCAACUCUCAGUAUGUUUGUGACAUCAGUAACAACGAUGGCAGCUUUUGCAUCUACCGCCCUUACGCCACUUCUAGCCACUAAAUCGUUCGGGAUUUUUUCAGCCCUCUUAAUUAUUAUUGACUAUAUUUCCAUGAUACUUUUCUUUCCUACUAUUGUGAUUUUUUAUCACGUUAAAAUAAAGAAAUGCUGUACAAACUGCUGCUCGUGCUGCUUAAAGAAUACAAAGGAAUCAACCCAGAUUACAGACAACUUAAUAGAUAAUGAUUUUUGUCAAAAUGAAGUCACAGAGACUGUUGUUAAAAAACAGCCUGAUGUAAAAGUCGGCAAUAAGAUCAAAAGUCUGGGUAUUAAAUUGAUAUUAACUAUUAACCCUUUAACAACGGGAUUUAAAGAUGGAAUAACACUGGUAGAAGCUUGGGAGGAUUUUAUGAUUGAACAGAAAUCAACCAUGCCUGCAUCCUUACAAGGUGGUUUCCAGGUGGGGUGGAAGAUUUGGCAUUGGUUUUACGUUCAAAGGGUAUUAUAUGAAAAUGCAAUAAUGGGUAUUUUACUAGGAUUAUCUUUAACCACUAUAAUAUUACUGAUAUCUAUACAGAAUAUCAUAACAAGUCUUUUAGCGUCAGUUACUAUCGCCAUGGUAACGAUUUGUGUUAUUGGAGUUAUCCCUCUUCUAGGAUGGAAACUAGGGGUUCUCGUUUCCCUUAAUAUGUGUCUUGUAGUGGGUUUAUCAGUGGAUUAUGUUGUUCAUCUGGCGGAAGGAUACACGAUGUCAAAACAUAAAGACCGGAAGUCACGAGUUCAAGAUUCUUUGGAAACCAUGGCAACGUCUGUGUAUUCUGGUGCAUGUACAACGCUCGGAGCUUCAGUUUUUAUGUUAUUUUCGCAAAUAAUUUUCUUUUUUCAAUUUGGAAUAUUUAUGUUUUUUACCAUUGGUUUUUCUAUUUUGUUUUCAUUAGGACUAUUUAUUACUUUAAUGGGUACAAUAGGACCGGAGAAUGAUACUGGUGAUAUCAAAGCUAUAUUCAGGAAAUUACGUCAUUUUGUCUUAAACCGUAGCACCCACUGUGUUGAAACAUGA